CCUGCGCCGUCGGCUCAGCAGCCUCCGCGGCCGCCUGCCUCCCCGGAUGAGCCGUCGGUGGCCGAGUCGUCGGUGGGCAGCAGUCGCCUGCCACUCAGUGCCUCGCUCGCCUUCUCCGACCUCACCGAGGAGAUGCUGGACUGCGGGCCCGGCGGCUUAGUGCGGGAGCUGGAGGAGCUGCGCUCCGAAAACGACUAUCUCAAGGAUGAGAUUGAGGAGCUGCGGGCUGAGAUGCUGGAGAUGCGGGAUGUCUACAUGGAGGAAGAUGUGUAUCAGCUGCAGGAGCUACGGCAGCAGUUGGACCAGGCCAGCAAGACCUGCCGCAUCCUGCAGUACAGGCUGCGUAAAGCUGAGCGCCGCAGCCUCCGGGCCGCACAGACUGGUCAGGUAGACGGCGAGCUCAUCCGUGGUCUGGAGCAGGAUGUCAAGGUCUCUAAAGACAUCUCCAUGAGGCUUCACAAAGAGCUUGAGGUGGUCGAGAAGAAGCGGAUGCGGCUGGAGGAGGAGAAUGAGGAGCUUCGACAGAGGCUCAUUGAGACAGAGCUGGCAAAGCAGGUGCUGCAGACAGAGCUGGAGCGCCCGAGAGAGCAUUCCUUGAAGAAAAGAGGAACUCGCUCCCUGGGGAAGACAGAGAAGAAGCCUUCUGCACAGGAGGACAGCGCGGACCUGAAGUGCCAGCUUCACUUUGCAAAGGAGGAGUCGGCCCUCAUGUGCAAGAAGCUCACCAAGCUGGCCAAGGAGAACGACAGCAUGAAGGAGGAGCUGCUCAAGUACCGCUCGCUCUAUGGGGACUUGGAUGCCGCCCUGUCGGCCGAGGAGCUGGCGGAUGCCCCCCACUCCCGAGAGACCGAGCUGAAGGUGCACCUGAAGCUGGUGGAGGAGGAGGCCAACCUGCUGAGUCGCCGCAUCGUGGAGCUGGAGGUGGAGAACCGGGGCCUGCGGGCCGAGAUGGACGACAUGAAGGACCACGGCGGCGGCCCCGAGGCGCGGCUGGCCUUCUCGGCGCUGGGCGGAGAGUGCGGGGAGAGCCUGGCGGAGCUGCGGCGCCACCUGCAGUUCGUGGAGGAGGAGGCCGAGCUGUUGCGGCGCUCGUCGGCCGAGCUGGAGGACCAGAACAAGCUGCUGCUGACCGAACUGGCCAAGUACCGCUCGGAGCACGAGCUGGACGUGACGCUGUCGGAGGACAGCUGCUCGGUGCUCAGCGAGCCCUCGCAGGAGGAGCUGGCGGCCGCCAAGCUGCAGAUCGGCGAGCUCAGCGGCAAGGUCAAGAAGCUGCAGUACGAGAACCGUGUGCUCCUCUCCAACCUGCAGCGCUGCGACCUGGCCUCUUGCCAGAGCACGCGCCCCAUGCUGGAGACUGACGCCGAGGCCGGGGACUCCGCGCAAUGCGUGCCGGGCCCACUGGGAGAGACGCUCGAGCCCCAGGCCGCCCGGCUCUGUAGGGCCCGCGAGGCCGAGGCGCUGCCCGGGCUGCGGGAGCAGGCCACCCUGGUCAGCAAAGCCAUCGACGUCCUGGUGGCCGAUGCCAAUGGCUUCUCGGCGGGCCUGCGGCUGUGCCUGGACAACGAGUGUGCAGACUUUCGACUGCAUGAGGCGCCUGACAACAGCGAGGGCCCCAGGGACGCCAAGCUCAUCCAUGCUAUCCUGGUGCGGUUGAGCGUGCUGCAGCAGGAGCUGAAGGCCUUCACUCGCAAAGCAGAUGUGGCCCUGGGGAGCUUGGGCAAAGAGCAACUCGAGCCCUUCCCUGCGCUGCCCACCUUGGGCUCCCAGGGGCCAGCCAAGGAGAUCAUGCUCACCAAAGACAUUGGCUCAGACUUCCAGCCUCCUGACUUCAGGGACCUGUUGGAAUGGGAACCCAGAAUCCGAGAGGCCUUCCGUGCUGGUGACUUGGACUCCAAGCCUGACCCCAGUCGGAACUUCAGGCCUUACCGAGCUGAAGAUAGUGAUUCCUAUGCCUCUGAGAUCAAGGAGCUUCAGCUGGUCCUAGCCGAGGCUCACGACAGCCUCCGGGGUUUGCAAGAGCAGCUCUCCCAGGAGCGGCAGCUCCGGAAGGAGGAGGCUGAUGGCUUCAACCAGAAAAUGGUCCAGCUGAAAGAGGACCAGCAGAGGGCGCUGCUGAGGCGGGAGUUUGAGCUUCAGAGUCUGAGCCUCCAGCGGAGGCUGGAGCAGAAGUUCUGGAGCCAGGAGAAGAACAUGCUAGUACAGGAGUCCCAGCAGUUCAAGCACAACUUCCUGCUGCUCUUCAUGAAGCUCAGGUGGUUCCUGAAGUGCUGGCGGCAGGGCAAGGUUCUGCCCAGUGAGGGCGAUGACUUCCUGGAGGUGAACAGUAUGAAAGAGUUGUACCUGCUGAUGGAGGAAGAGGAGAUAAAUGCCCAGCACUCAGAUAACAAGACCUGCACAGGAGACAACUGGACCCAGAACACGCCCAAUGAGUACAUCAAGACCUUGGCUGACAUGAAGGUAACACUGAAGGAGCUGUGCUGGCUGCUCCGGGAUGAGCGCCGUGGUCUGACUGAGCUUCAGCAACAAUUUGCCAAGGCCAAGGCCACCUGGGAGACAGAGCGGGCAGAGCUCAAGGGCCAUGCCACACAGAUGGAGUUGAAGGCUGGGAAGGGUGCCGGCGAGCGACCUGGGCCAGACUGGAAGGCUGCACUGCAGAGGGAGCGGGAGGAGCAGCAGCACCUUCUGGCCGAGUCAUACAGUGCUGUCAUGGAGCUGACACGACAGCUGCAGAUCAGCGAGCGCCACUGGAGCCAGGAGAAGCUACAGCUGGUAGAGCGGCUGCAGGGAGAGAAGCAACAGGUGGAACAGCAGGUGAAGGAACUACAGAACCGCCUCAAUCAGCUGCAGAAGGCUGCUGAGCCCUGGGUCCUGAAGCACUCAGACCUGGAGAAGCAGGACAACAGCUGGAAAGAGACACGAAAUGAGAAGAUCCACGACAAGGAGGCUGGUUCUGAAGCUGAGCUUGGGGGAACUGGCUUGAAGAGGACCAAAUCAAUUUCCUCUAUGUCUGAGUUUGAAAGUUUGCUUGACUGUUCCCCCUACCUUGCUGGUGGAGAUAACAGAGGCAAGAAGCUUCCUAAUAGCCCAGCCUUUACUUUUGUGAGCACUGAGCCAGUGGAGCCUGAGAAAGAUGCCAAGGAAAAGCCGGGUGUAUCAACCCAGGACUGCAGCCGCAUGGGUAGUACCCUGGCCUGCCAGGAGCCCACAGGGAAGCAGAUGCAGCGCAGCUACACGGCUCCUGACAAGACAGGCAUACGAGUGUACUACAGUCCCCCAGUGGCCCGGCGCCUGGGUGUCCCUGUGGUCCAUGACAAGGAGGGCAAGAUCCUCAUUGAGCCUGGCUUCCUGUUCACCACAGCCAAACCCAAAGAGUCAGUUGAGGCUGAUGGGCUGGCUGAGAGCUCCUAUAGUCGUUGGCUCUGUAAUUUUUCCCGACAGCGCCUGGAUGGAGGAUCUGGGGGCAAUAAUUCAGCGACCGGACCUGCCUUCCCCACAGCCCUGCAUGAUUUUGAGAUGUCGGGCAACAUGAGUGAUGACAUGAAGGAGAUUACUAACUGUGUGCGGCAGGCCAUGCGCUCUGGCUCACUGGAGAGGAAGGUGAAGAGCACGUCCAGCCAGACAGUGGGCCUGGCCAGUGUGGGCACGCAGACCAUCCGCACAGUCAGUGUGGGCCUGCAGACUGACCCACCUCGAAAUAGCCUCCAUAGCAAGAGCUGGUCACCCCGCAGCUCUUCACUGGUGUCUGUGCGUAGCAAGCAGAUCUCCUCCUCCCUGGACAAGGUCCAUUCACGCAUCGAGCGGCCAUGCUGCUCACCCAAGUAUGGCUCGCCCAAGCUGCAGAGGCGAUCCGUGUCCAAGCUGGACAGCACCAAGGACCGCAGCCUGUGGAACCUACACCAGGGCAAACAAAAUGGCUCAGCCUGGGCUCGCUCCACCACCACACGGGACAGCCCUGUGCUGAGGAAUAUCAACGAUGGACUAUCCAGCCUCUUCAGCGUGGUGGAGCACUCAGGGAGCACAGAGUCUGUCUGGAAGCUGGGUAUGUCUGAGGCCCGGCCCAAGCCUGAGCCUCCCAAGUAUGGCAUUGUGCAGGAGUUCUUCCGGAAUGUGUGUGGCCGGGCCCCAAGUCCCACCGCUGCAGCAGGAGAGGAGAACUCCAAAAAGCCAGAGCCCCUCUCUCCUGCCAGCUACCAUCAGCCUGAGAGCGUAGCCAGGAUCCUGAACAAGAAAGGAGCCAAGACAGGCAGUAGUGAGGAGACCAGACCCACCAUGCUCUCCCAGGUGGGGAAAGAUGGUGUCCUCCGGGAUGGAGAUGGAGCCUUGAUCCUUCCUGGAUGCCAUUUGUGACUGUAGUGCCCAGUCUCUUGCCUCCUGCUUCGCCCGGCCAUCCCGCAACACCAUUCGCCAUUCUCCUUCCAAGUGUAGACUGCACCCUUCAGAGUCUGGCUGGGGCGGGGAGGAGAGGGCAGCUCCCCAAUGAAUCACAGAGCAGCUGCAGACCCUGGAGAUGAGGUGAGGGGCCACAUCCUCAGCCUCACUAUGCCCAGGAAGGACAGCAGCUAUGCCACUGCCAUAGCAGAGCUUUCACAUCAAGGUAAAGCAGGGUGUCCUGCUGGCCAUGGGGUGGUAACCUCUGGUUUCUGGGAGAAUGCAGUGAGCAGGAGAAAGACCAAGACUUGGUGACCAAGACUGGGCCUCAGAAGCACGCCGGGAGCUCCAUCGAAAGUCAGAUCUAGAUGCUAAAGGAGGCCUGGCACCACCCACACCCACUUCUUGGAAGACCCAGGAAGGGUGGCACCUCUGGUUAGGCCCUAGGAAUGGGCCUCACAAAGAUGCUCCCUAUUGACCACAUGUGUAAAGGAAGCUGCUAAGAAGAUCAGGCUUUGCUUAGAGCCCAGCUUAGCACUCCUGGUAGAGAUGGACUGGGAAGCAUCACCACUGCUCUCUUCCUGCUUCUAUCUUCUAGCCCUGUUGCUCUGGUUGCUAGGCCUCUGCAGAGGGGUAUGAUAGGACAGCAGCCAGGGCCAAGUAUGCUUGGAAACCUGAAGCCCUGGAUCCUUCGCCCCCUGCCCAUACCCAGAUGCAGCAAGAACUGAGAAUCAGGUAGCAGUAUGUAGGGUUAGGGUUUGGAGACAGACGAGCUGCCUCCCUUGCCAAGGCGACUUGGGGGCCCAACCUUCCCAGGAGAUUCCAUGAGGACAGAAAUGAGUAACAUCUGUACAUAGAUAAAAGCCUACAUGGCACACCUUGAUCCUGGGGCCUCUUUUCUGGCACUGGGACCAGGUUUCACAAUCCUGCAGCUGGUGAAGGGCAAAGAUGCUCCUAGGGAAAGAAUUCCCCUUGGUUAUGGCAGGCUAGGGAGAACACCAAGAGGCCAGUGUCCAGGACACAGUCUAAGACAAGGGCCCGGAAACACAUUUCUUGCCUAGACUGUUUAUUUGAAUUUUUUAUACUGUAAGUAUUUAAGGUGGUUUAUUUUAUUUUAAUAAUUUAAUUUACCCCAAAGCCCCAAAGGUAAUUUAUUAGAGGUUGAAACAUAUAUUUUUGCCACUGGGACAACAUGGGGUUUGUGACACCAUGGAGUUCCUUGUGGUUGAGGCAGCUCAGCACCAGGUUUGAGUCUCCUGGGCACUAGAUCUGGGGUUCUGCAACCUGUUUCUCCAAUACCAUCUGGCCAUUUAGCCUCAGAGCACUAGUUUUUACUCAGUACCUGGUACUUGUCCUGGCCCAGAAGAGGUCAGACUGUAAAUGCUUCAGACAGGGUGGCACCCUGGACUGAUGUCAUCACUCCCCAGACAUCUUCCAUGACUCUUUUCAUCCCCCCCACCUCCUCUGACACCUUCUCUCAUGAGUUAGACAUAAAUGACUGCAGCUGUUACAAGCACAGAGACCCCCUCCACGUUCCUUCCCCAAGUGAAGACUUGCAGGAAAACAGGAUGGACUUCGAAAAUGUUGUCUAUUGCAGCUUUGCACACAGAUCUGAGAGUGUCUACCAGCCUGCCAGCCUAUUCACCAGCCCAUCUCUGAGCCUUAUGGCUGCUCACGGCUCCUCUCCUAGUCCCAGCUCCACUGCCUGCCCUUCUUAUACCCUGGGAGCCACUUGAGCCACACCAGCGUGACUCACUGCAGUACAGGGAGGGCUCACAUGCCUCCCCCUUGGUGCCAAUGAACCCACUUUGGUUGUACACAUUUGUGAUGUGCCGCCCUCCUGUCCCUGACUAGGGACCCAGACUGGACUCAUCCAGCGAUGGACUGGCUUACAUGCAGCAUUCCCCAUCUAAAAGGCCAGGAGCCAACUGCAUUGCUGGUUUGCACCAGGACUAGGGGGAGAGUCCUCUGCACUCCCACCUUCCAGUUCCCAG